UGCACCAGGUAAUACUGGAGCUGGCACUAUUUAUGGCAGCGAGCAGCAAUUAUGCCAGCAAUAUAGUUCACAGCAACAUAGUGACUACAUAAUAUCAGACUAUAUGGAGAAGAUUGGAACGAGGAUAAGUAUGCUGGAGACAGAGUUGAAGUUUGCUUGGGGUGCUUUAGAUCUAUUAACAACGGAAUAUAGUAAGAUUUGGUCACGUCUGGAGAAAUUGGAGAAUAUUAUGGUGGAACAGCAGUCAGUGGUAAACAAUCUAAUGGGUCUGAUAAAUAUUAAGGGGCGAGAGCAACAGCAGCUGGAAAUUGACAAUGAAAAUGAAUUGCUUGUAAAUGAUAUUUUUCUGUCGGUCAAUCUGCAGCCGCAGUGUCAAGUGGAAACGGCGCUUAAUGAGGGCAUAGACUUGUGCAUAAAGGGAAAAUUUGAAAAUUUGUAUGAUGAGUUAAAUAAGCAUGAUACCACCAGCAAAAGGAUAGAAAGUGAGCUGGAUACUUUAGGUGAGUUGUUCAAUGAGCAGCAACAUCAGCAGCAAUGCUCGGUAGAAGAUUUGCAGUACGCUUCGUUGGAAAAGUCCAAAAGCCCCAGUUUAGUGUACGGUUUGGAUGAGGGUCAGCAUAAUAGUAGACGUUAUGGUUCCAGAGGAUCUAUGAAUGCAACAUUGUCUCCACCUCUUCAGACACUUUCUAGUACGACGGACUCAGCCGCACAACAAAAAAUAUUGUCCAAUUUUGAGGGCCUCUAUUGCGAUCAACAGCAGGAUAAUCAGUUGUUCUUAGAUCAGCUUGCAACGAAUAAUCGUGGCAAGAGUACUUCACGUCUACCAACAACUUACAACAUUUUAAGUGGUGAAAACGUUGGUGUUUACGGAGCUCUGCAGUCUGCAUCUACAACUAGUGAAUUAGAUUCGUUAACGGGACAUACUAAUUUUUUUCGGGAAACAGCCUCUAAAACUGGGCCAGACGUGAUACACAUACAGCCCGACGACACGGGAGGAGGGAGAGCAAGAAAAUCGGAAAUGAAUGAGGAUUUCUAUAAACAACUCAACGAAAUGUAUCGUGAAAAUAAUCUGGCUGCCGAAUUUAAUCACAACCUCGAUAAAUUACUGCAUCAAACAGAACAACAAAACGAGCAAAUUAUGAUGGGUAUGUCCAAUCCAUCAACGCGCACCAAUUCUGCUCUUGAUAUGAUACACGAAGACAUCGAGGAGGAGCAGAACUAUGAAAAGCAACACAAACCUGUUAAAAAUCUGGAUGAGUCCAAACUUGAAAUUUUUGUAAGCAGUACAAUUGACAACCAAUCAGCCAAACUACAAACUACAGAUGCAUCAGCAUCAGCAUCGCCUGCUACGAAUUCAUCUUCUUCAGUGUUACUAAAACAUAACAAAGAAUCCAAGAAGCAUAAAAAGAAAAAACAUCACCACAAAGAUGAAAUGGAAAUGAUCAAUAAUUUGAAAAGUGCUUUAGCCCAAAAACAUCCUAAUACCGAGUUGACACACUUGACAUCCCAUAGCCAAAGUCAUUCAGUGAAAAGUAGUAACGAGACACAAUGUUCUACCACCACUUCUUCUUCAUCUGACGAACAUUUCUAUGACGGCCUGGAUAAGUUAGAUAGUAUAACAAAAAUACUACUUUUAGAAAUAAAUAAAAUUGUCGAUUUUCCUACACCUGCCAGGGAAGAAAUCAAUGAAUUAAGGCAGCUGGUUAAAAUGGAGAAACUUUUUUUAGAGAAAUUAAAUCAGGUUAAUCAAAAUCUGAUUUUAUUACUCUUAAAUCCCGUGACAAUGGCCGAAGAACUUAGAAGCAUUGAGAGUAAGGAAUGGUUUAAAAUGGUUAUGCGUAAGCUGGAGAAAAAUAUUGAUACUCUUAAAAAGCUGGUGGGAAAUUCAUUUGAUAACUACAAGACGCAAAUGGAAGCAGCCAGUUCUCUGUGUCGUCUGACGGCAGCUCCCCUGGAGCCGUUAAGUAGUAAUAAAACUGCAAUUGCGAUACAUGAUACAGGUAACACUGCACAACCAGAAGUCACCGACUACAGUGUCCAGCUGAUACGCCAUAACUCGAAUCUGGACGAACAGCUCAAGCUGUUGGAUAGCCAGGAAAAGGAAAUGCACAAAAAGAAGAAAAUUCAGCAAGAGCAGCAAAAUUGUACAAAUUAUAUGCGUUUAAGUAACUAUGUGGAUGUGGAUGCUUCCUAUGAAAACCUGUUGAUGCAACAAAUUAUUGAUCCUAAUUCAAACAUGUUUCCCAGCUCGUCAUUAAGUGACACUUCCAUAACAUCUUUGUCCUCGAAAAAUAUUUAUAGCAAUGAUGCCUACAUUAAAUCACUAAAACGUAGCCUGGAACGUCACAAUAGCAUGUUGUUUUUGUUGCAUUUACAAAAUCCUGAUUACAAAGACAAAAUGCCCGAAUUAGCUGGGCUAGUAGAAGAUGAUCUGAUAUUGAGCGACAGCGGUAAUCAUAGUCCGCCACCACCAGCGCCCGAUAUUGAUAUGGCGACUCUGCAUAAUAUGGACCACGCCUCCAACGAUGUUAUGUUAUUUUUGGCCAAUAAAGAUAACAUCAGCCCUAUGAACCAUUUUCUGUUAUUGGAAUCAUCGAAGAAGGUCGGUCACGACUCAGCCUUGCCAUGUUCGCCCAAGCAACCGAAAUCGGAUUCAGGACUUUCCUCCAUGAGUGGUUUGUCCACGUGGGAUAAGUCCCCUAAUUCGCCGGUCUCCUUUAAUAACACCGAUAAUAAUCCUUUUCUAACAAAAUACCAAGAUAUUAACAUGGAAAUGUUACAACUUUUAACCAUGAAAUCCCAAAGACUGCCCUCGAAUGUUGAACUAAGCCAAUUUGGCAUAGAAGAAGAACAGCAACAAAAAGAUUAUGUAUUUUCCGAAGAAAACCUUAACUAUAUUCGAGAACUCUCCAAGAACAUGCCCAUAUGUUCGGCCUUUGAGAAUAAAUCCAUGUUCUCAAUAUUUCAAAACAAUAUCCUUGAGCAGCAAAAUUCCACACACACAGUAGAUGAAAUGUUGGCAUGGGACCAACAACAGCAACAAAUAGAAAAACGUCGUAUGCCGGACUUAUUAAAAACUCAAGUCAGUGCUUCAGCAUUAGCGCAAACUUGUGAAGACUAUCAGCACACGAGUAAAACCUCCAACAGAAGCAAUACACAGCUGACAGAUCGUUUAGUAUACUAUCCAACAUCAAGUAGUCUAAUAGAUUACAACAGCAGCCGAAGAUUAGAUCAUCCACAUACAAACAACAAGCAUGCGAAAUUUCAUGAAGAUGUCCGUGAACCUUCAUCUGUUCUAGUAGCCUCGGUGGCAUCAGAGGAUUCUUCCUCUGAGACAUAUGCUACUCGUAGAGAUCAUGGUAAACAUCAGCCCAAAGUUUGGCAAAGACUCGGGAAUCUAUUGAAUGAUAACUUCAAGUUAAAACGUCCAACCCGCUAUAAUCGCUCUCAAUCAUUACCGACUGGUGAUAUGGCAACACAUCGAUCCAAAGUUCAUAUGCGUGGCCAGGCCGGUUCGUAUCCGUCUGUUGUCACAACUACAAGAAAAAACACAAGUGCCAUACCUUACCAGCAGGAUUCAGGUCCUGAUAGUCGCCCGAAGUCCGUACAGUAUUUAAGCACGAGUAGCUCUAUGGGAGGGAAACAUAGAAAAAAGGCUUCUUUUAGCACAACCAUGAACAAUUUCAUGCAAAAGGCCAAGACAUACAGGCGGUACAGCUGUGGCUUGCGUCACGGAUCUAGCCUGUCGGAUCCUGAAGCCGAUUUAGCAAGUUUUACAUCAUCGGAUAAUGAUGAGUCGAUAGCCAGCGAUUAUGGAGGAGUUGCACUCAACAACGACUUCGAAAUGCAUGAUAAAGACAGAUUCAUGCUGCCCAGUGAAAUGCAACGGCUGGAUUUACAGUUCCUGCAUGAAUCUCACAAACCGGCUGAGCCGAAAAAAACAGAGCCGCACAGAAUCGAUGAAAAAAUACAUCAAAAUUUUCACGAAGAAUUUACGAAUAUCAACAAAAGUUUCAAUGAUCAAACAGACCUCGAAAUUGAUGAUGAUUUGGGAGAUGAAUGCAAUAACAGACCAAUGAGUAGUAUUUUUCCGAUAGUUGGCGACAGAGCUACGCAAAAGGCCAAAUUAUCAAAUGCCUCACCAUCUGAUGAUGUUCAAACGUCCCCAAGUAUUCAGAAUUUGCAAGAACUGGCGAAUGAAACAAGACUUAAUGAAGAUAAUGCGGUUGAGACUGUAACGGGUACCAGAAGCAAUCAGCGCCAGCUUAAAAAGAUCGACUCACUUUGCCUUAAUGAUAAUGAACGACCACAACUGUUUCCCACUAUUUCUCCUAAUAUUCUAUUAAUUACCACAACUAACAUAACGACGACUUCCACAACUGACCCAGCAUCAUUAGUUAAAAAUUCAUUUGCAAAUAGUCGGGUUGUUGCCACAUCCACUCAACAAUCUUUAGAAAUUCCCAGUUUAACGGCCAGUUCUAAAGAAGAUGAAGAUAAUAGAAGCCAAUACUCCUAUCGGACACUGUCAUCGUCAAGACGUCAAAGUACCGAGGAUAGCAUAGACACAGAUGAUGAAUAUUUCUGUUAUGAGCUAAGACAACUGGACGAAUUGGAAAAGCAGCAGAAACAGGAGCAACAACAGCUAGAAGACCAACAACAGCGACAGGAGGAAGCUGAGGAAAAUCAGCAACUUUUUAACCAAAUCGACCAGUUGACAGCACACAACCAUAGAGAAGAUGACAUAGACGAAUAUGAGCCGGAUGAGAAAAUUCGUGCUCAGAUGUCCGAAGUUUUGCAAGAGCUAAAGCACAAGGUUAAACUUCAACCGGAAAUGACACAAACUUACCGUAGAACUUCCAAAUCUCGUAUUAUAACUGAUAGAUAUACCAAAGUGAGCGAUAUGCAUAAAGCUUGGCAGGAUAUAAAUGGAGAUGAAACCGCGCAAGAUAUAUACACUACAACCGAGUUGGAAAUAGAAAUAAAAAAUAAGGGCCAACCUGGUACAUUGGACGACAAUGAGAUCGAACAUUUAGAACAAGAGAAACGACAACAACAUCGUAUACAAAAUCAAGAGCUAGAAAAGCCGCCACCACAAAAACGUUACAAAAAGAGACGCAACAUGCGUCGUUCGAAUAUAGCCAUAGAUAACAGCUCUAACGAUUUAGAUAACGCAGAAGCUCAGACACACUCAACAAGUUCAUCGUUGUCAUCUGAAGACGAAGCCAAACGGCAACAUUUCAAAGAUACGAAGGCUCUCAAACCAACACAAAUCCGUCGAAAUAGCCACGAACGUCCCAAACCAUUGAUAUCAACAACAUUAACCACAAAGCAACAAGUUAUAUAUCCACCAGAUAGCUCUUCCACAGAUAAAGAAGAAAUAAAAUUAAUUGAAAUGGAACAAAUGGAUACAGAGGGCGAAAACGGAAAACCAAAUGACUGUAGUAUGUCUUCAGGAGCCACCUCAGGUCCCGACAGUCCCACUGAGUUAAGUGGUCUGGACAAUGACAUGCGAAUUGAUGAUAACGAAGAUGAUAAGAUUUUUUUUAAGACUGUACCCAACUACCAACUUUUUAAGAAAAACCAACAAUUAAUGACCAACAAAUGCAGCAGCACUAAUGGUCCACUCAAAUCUAAGGACGACACACCAACACCCACCACAACACCACCAGCCACUGAGAGCAAUGCCAAUCAGAUAUUUUACAAUCAAGACGAAGCAUAUGACGGUCAUGACACAGAUAUUGAUGAUCACGACAAUAACAUUUACUCAACUAUGGAAACUACCAAUAAAACACAAGCUCAAUCAGACCUAACCGAGUCAGCAGAAUUGUAUGAACAACAACAGCAUUUUGACAAUCGCUCUAGCAUACCAACAACUCCCACUGAACAAACCACUCCCGAAACAAAAUCGUUCCCAAAGCUAAUAAGUCAAGAUUCUAGUAUAGACAUUUCGCAAACAAAUGGUUCGAUACUUGGCAGUAGUAAGUGGAAACUGUUGAAAACACUCAAAGAACGUAAGCUGGAAGAGCGCAAUAACCAAGAAAAAAUCAAAGAAGAUGAACUUAAUAAACAACGUGAAAAGGGACCGUAA